CACGUCGACUUCAUUCGUCCUUCCGCUUACGAAGUGUUGACAUCGUAUGAUGUGUCUGAUUGUUUCCGAGUAAGACACAUCACGAAAAUGGUACUCUCAAACGCACAAUUGAUUUUUUUACUAACUUUAAGUCUAGUGUCGAUUUAUACUACAUCAGGAGAAAAUAAAUACUCUGCCGAAGCGAACGAAGCUAAGUAUGUAGAUCCUUCGCAAUUUCCAAAUUCUCUCAGAGAUUUGGAUAAACCGUUCAGAAUGGCGAAAUUAAAUGUACUUUGGGUUAAAGCGAAAAAUCGCCUGACAGACAGCAAGCUGCAGUCGAUUUUCAGCGAUCUAAAGAUCCACGACAAAGAAGAAAUCGCAUAUAAGCACUUCAAGUCUGACGGAAAAGAUCCAGAGGGCUUAGAAGAAGCACAUCUACGAAAAAAGCUGACUGGAAUAAUGAGCACAUAUGGUUUACUGGAACACUUUGCUGACACAGAAAAUCCAGAGUUACUUAAAAUGCACAAAGCACUGAACGAUGGUAGCAAUUAUGUUGCUCAAGAUAUCUUUAAGGAUAAAAGGCUAAACAAAUUAUGGGCUAAAGCUGAAAUGGCUGGUUUCACUGAUGAGGAGCUUGAAACCUUAAAACAGGAAUUUCAUCAUCAUCAGGAAAAAGUGGACGAAUACAUGAGCUUAUUGAAAGAUCCACAUCCAGGGGAUUCGAAAUCCGAAAAUAAUUUACAUCUUAAGUCAGAGAACUGGAAUGAACUGGAAGAAGCGGAGGAAUUACCCAACAAUGUGCCAAACCAGAAAUUAAGUCACGAAGAAAAGGCAAACUUACUUCGGGAAAAACAUUUAGAAUUAAGAAACGGAUUCGAUCGCUUGGAUAGACUUACUGCAAAGGGACCGAAUCACAGGGAGUUCAUAGAACCUAAAGUACAGGGACUGUGGAAAGUUGCUCUGGAAGCAAAAUUUUCUUCCGAUGAGCUAGCAUCAUUGAAGGAAGAACUUCUGCAUUACGAGUCGAGACUACUUAAGUUACGCCAUCUUCAUACUGAGGGGGCUCUAGAAGCAGCGCGGAAAGGACAGCUUCACGAUUUAGAUAACUCAACUGCGGAACAACAUAUAAAGAAACACGUUAGAACCGUACAGAAACUUCAUAUGGAUCUGGAAACCAAAAUCAUGCAGAGGCAUACAGAAUUAUAAACGGUAGUAAUUUCCAAAGUGCUAAAAUAUUUGUAAUUGAUUUAAUAUAUAUAUAUAUAUAUAUAUAUGAAUUAAGCGGAGGAAUAAUUCUU